AUGUCAUCCUUCGACCUCUUCGACCCCGACACAACCAUGCGCUUCGCCGCUCCCCCCUCCGAAAUCGGUCCAACACCCACCCCAGCCAACGUCAACGCCUCCUUCCUCCACGCCCUCCCCACCUCCGGCCCAGCCAGCCUCACCCCCCUUCAAACCCAACAAUACGCCGCCCGCGGCGGCAUGGACAUCGCCACCAACCCACGCAAACGCCCCGCCACUCUCCCUCCCUCUGACUCCGAGUCCGAAACCUCCCUUCCCCCAACAGCUUCCACCGCCCCUCAGAAACGCCGCCGCCCUACCCUCGCCGCGACAAUCGACCCCAUCAUCUCCCCCAAGGAACCCACCCCUCGUCCCAUCAAAGUCCGCCAACGAAAAACCAAAGGUCCCCACGCUUCCUCGCGAGUGAUCCCGCGUAGUCUCGCCGACUGCGACGCCGCGGAUCAAAUGCUCAUUGAAAUGCGCGAAGCCGGAUCGGAUUGGAAUCCCAUUCGUGCGAAAUGGUUGGAGUUGACGGGGGAGAAGACCGCCACGUCCACUUUGCCGAAUCGGUAUUCGCGGCUCAAGUACAUCACCCAAAACCCCUCCCGUCACCCUCCCCACCUCCCCUCCCCCUGCUGA